AUGCCUGCGCCCUCAGCCCCCGCGGGCGCGCGCUUCGUGUGCGUGCCGAGCGACGAGGUGUCGCUGUCGUUCAAGACCGUCCGGGCGCAGCCCCGUCCCGCGAACGCCGUCCCGGAGAUGGAGACCCUCCUGAACGUACCGACGAGCGACCUCGAGGAGCUCCUGGUGACCGCAAUCGAGCACGUCGAGGACAUUUGCAAGGGGACGUGCCCACCCAGCAGUGCUAACAUAGCAUUCUUCCACACCCGCAUAGAGGCGGAGAGCACGACGCGCACGCGCGACAUCCAGGCGGUGACGACGUACAUUCCCGGCCUGGCCCGCGGCCCCUCGAAGCGCCGCGUGUUGGCGGAGGUUUGCCGGAGGCUGAGCACUGACGGGCGCACGCUGGAGUGCGACGCGAACGGACGCGUGGUCGCGACGGUGGAGGUGGACGGGGGGCCGUGCGGGCCGGUGGACUGCACGCCGGUCGUCGAGAAGGACAGCCUCGGUCCGGAGGAGGCAGCGAGUGGUGGGGUGUUCGCUGUCGACACCGUGAUGUCCGCGGCGAGGGGCAUGGGCGGGGAUGACGUGGCGAACUGCCUGAUGCAGCUCGUUCGCCUGGACCACGACGGCGAGGAGAUACCGCAGAACGCCAUGAUCGGGGGGUCUUGGUUCCCGAGUCAGCCGGGGACGAUCAUGCUGGGAAUCGAAAUGUCUCACUUCCGGCCGUCGAGUCUACAGGCGUUCCAUGCGAUGGGCACGGCGAGGUCCACGGCGCAGCUCUUCGUCCGGGGGCUCCGCGGCGCGCAGAAUGAGCUCCGGGAGCUCUGCGAGGGCGCGCUCGUCAUUCCCGACCCAUGGGGGAAAGCUGCGCUGUUGGAGAGCGCGGAGCAGGACUGGACGGGGGGGAAGUUCCCGGCGGUGGCACUGAACGUGAUGCAUGUGUCGACCAGGCCCGACAUGCCGGUGGUGUACCUGACGCUGCCGGCGGGCAUGGCAUGGAAGCCUGCGCUGACGUGCGACGACGGGUACAAGUUUGGCACGAGGAUGACGCGGCUGGGGGCGAGAAUCGUCGACCGCGACGCGUUCGGCCGCCCGCAGCCCGUGACGCCGACGUGGCGGGCGUGCGUGGACAAGCUCGAGGACUACCGCGGGUGCAUCGAGCGCGCUGGGCUGAGCAACGACCAGGAGUGGCGCACGAAGCUGAUGCGGUGCGUGGUCGCGGGGUACGAGAAGUGCAUGGCGUCGCCGGAGGCCAUGGUCGGGGUCGACGCGGAGAUCGAGCGCCUCAUCAGGGCGGCGUUCGGGUCUGGGUUUGAAAUCCAGAAACACGACACCAUACGGACGACUGACACAUCCCCUGCGGCGGGCGUCGAGGCGGGCCUGGGGCAGCUCGACCUGUCGGCGGCGGCGUGCAGCGCCGAGCCCGCGCACGGCGAGCGGCAACCAGCAGGUCCGCGCUUCGUGUGUGCGCCGAGCGACAUGAUAUCGCUGUCGUUCGUGACCGCACGGGCGGAGCCCCGGCCCGAGGAAGCGGAGCCGAGGAUGGAGACGUUCCUGAACAUGCCCGAGGACCAGCUCGAGGAGGCGCUGCGCGUCGCGCUGCACCGCGCUUGCAAGUUCGCGACCAAACACGCCAAGCUCAGCAGAGCCGCGGGCACUGUGGACGGAGACACGACGGUGCUGACGCGCAUCGAGGCUGAGUGCAGCACGAAGACCCGCGACCUCAAGAUCGUCACGGGCAUCACCAACUCCGAGGGCCCCGCCGUCAACGCGUUCUGCCGGGAACUGAGCGGCAAUGGGCGCAAGAUGUCGACAGCGCCGGACCGCCGGGGCAAGUGGCGGGUGCGCGCGACGGUCGACGUCGACGGCGCCGCGUGCGGGCCGCUCGACGUCACGGACCUGGUCGACCUCGAGCGCUUCCUGCAGCACUUGAAUGUCUCCGAGGCGGCAUUCAUCGCGCACAACAACGUGGUGGACGACGUCGUCGACAAGACGGCGACGUACUGCUUCUACGAGGUCGUGCAUGUGCGGCACGAGGGGCAGGACUGCGGCGACGUUGCCGUCAAGGGGGUGUUGUCAAAACAGUACCCCAACAAGAUCAUGGUCAUGUGGGACCACGCGGACGUGCGCGGAAGCACGACGAUCGCGCAGAGGUUCGCCGCAAUGAUUGACGACGUCGGACCGGGCAGGUUCACCGCCCAUAUCCUCGUCGCGGCCCUGCGCCGCCCCCGGGCGCUGCCGGCCCUCAGCGCCGACGCGCUGCUGGCCGUUCCCGGCCCCGCGUGGCGCGCGCCGCAGGCGUGGGACGAGCAGGGGCGGUUCCCGGCUAUCUCCAUCAACGUCGUCGUCGGAUGGCACGACGUCGAUCCGACGAUUCCGUGCGUGUCCCUCGAGCUGCCGCGGGGCAUGCGCUGGCGGGCGGUGCCGUCGAAGCUGCAGGGGUCGGGGCUGACGCGCGUGGUGGCGGAGAUCGCGAACGCGUAUGAGCUCGGGAAAGCGCUGUUCCACCACGCCUUUCCGAUGCUGGCGUGGAGCACGGUGGUGGAGGGCGCGGCGGGUUUCAGGGCGAAGCUGCAGGGAAUGUCGAACCUGAACGACGACAGACCGACGCUGACGGCUAUUCAGCAAAAGUGCCUCGAUGAGUUCGCGAAAGAAUUCUGGACCACGUCAGGCGACGGAGACUUCUACGUGCCGGGACAGGACGCGCCAGGAACGCUCGCGAGCGCGCCACCGAUAGAGGGCGAGCGAACGGACGGCGCGGGCGACCGCGGCGGGGAGCGGGCGCAGCAGCCGGACGGCGGCGGUCAGCGUGGCGGGCGCUGCGGGGGCAAGAAAAACAAGAACAAGAAGAAGCGCCACAACAGGAAGAAAUGA